CCGUGCCGCGUGCAAAUAUGCAUUUGCGUGCAUUACGCGAAACGUCAUUUUGCAAGGUUGCUGUGGUAGCGACAGGCGCCAUGUUGAGACGAAAAAAAAAGAAACGAUAACAAUAGUGGGAAAACAUAAGAGAGGAAAAUCACAUUUUAAAGAAAUAAAAAGUUGAAAUGAUCAUGAUUGGGGAAUUCUUGGGUAAUAAUUAGUACGUUCUGGAGUUACCAUGCCUUUCCCUGUUGUAAAUCAAGUACUGCAAGCAGCACAGCAGCCCUCAAAACAUUAUGGUAUCACUUCUCCAAUUAGUCUUACCCAGCCCAAGGAGGCUGAUUUGAUUCUGACUCAGAAGCUCACUGAGGCACUGAAACCUUAUGGGGUUUUUGAAGAAGAGUUGGAACUGCAGCGCAGAAUUUUAGUUUUGGGAAAACUAAACAGUGUGGUUAAAGAAUGGAUCAGAGACAUGAGUGAAACAAAGCAUUUGCCUUCCUCUAUUAUUGAGAACAUUGGAGGAAAAAUUUUCACCUUUGGUUCCUAUCGGUUAGGAGUUCACACAAAAGGUGCUGAUAUUGAUGCUCUCUGUGUGGCCCCACGUCAUGUGGACAGGUCGGACUUCUUCACAUCGUUUUAUGAAAAGCUCAAAGAACAAGAGGAAGUCAAGGAUUUAAGAGCUGUUGAGGAGGCUUUUGUACCAGUAAUAAAACUGUCAUUUGAUGGCAUAGAGAUUGAUCUUCUAUUUGCCCGAUUAGCCCUACAAACUAUUCCUGGAGACUUGGACCUUCGAGAUGACAGUUUACUUAAAAAUUUAGACAUCAGGUGCAUAAGAAGUCUUAAUGGUUGCCGAGUUACUGAUGAGAUUUUGCAUUUGGUACCAAACAUUGAAAACUUCAGACUUACCCUCAGGGCAAUAAAAUUAUGGGCAAAGCGUCAUAAUAUUUAUUCUAAUAUACUUGGCUUCCUUGGUGGUGUGUCAUGGGCUAUGUUAGUUGCCAGAACAUGCCAACUUUAUCCAAAUGCUGUAGCAUCCACACUUGUUCACAAAUUCUUCCUGGUUUUUUCAAAGUGGGAAUGGCCGAAUCCAGUUCUUCUGAAGCAGCCUGAGGACUGCAACCUCCAUCUUCCAGUGUGGGACCCCAGGGUGACUCCAAGUGACAGAUACCACUUGAUGCCGAUUAUUACACCAGCAUAUCCACAGCAAAACUCAACCUUUAAUGUCUCUGUGUCUACACGUGCAGUCAUGAUUGAAGAGUUUAAACAGGGUCUUGCCAUCACAGAUGAAAUAUUGCAGAAUAAGGCAGAGUGGUCCAAACUUUUUGAAGCACCAAACUUCUUUCAGAAGUACAAGCAUUAUAUUGUGUUGCUAGCAAGUGCACCUACAGAAAAGCAGCACCUGGAAUGGGUUGGUCUGGUAGAGUCAAAAAUCCGUAUCCUGGUUGGAAAUUUGGAGAAGAAUGAGUUUAUCACGUUAGCCCAUGUAAACCCCCAGUCAUUCCCAGGUCCAAAAGAAAGAAAUGACAAGGAAGAAUUCAGCACAAUGUGGGUUAUAGGGAUUGUAUUUAAGAAAAUGGAGAGCAGUGAAAACCUCAAUGUUGAUCUCACAUAUGACAUACAGUCAUUCACUGAUACAGUUUACAGGCAAGCAAUAAACAGUAAAAUGUUUGAGCCUGAUAUGAAAAUUACAGCAAUGCAUGUCAAGAGAAAACAAUUACACCAGCUUCUGCCAAACCUUGUUAUACAGAAGAGGAGAAAGCACUCAACUGAAGGCAUCAAACUGAUGAAUGAGAACAGUUUUGAUCUGUCAUUGGACAGUGACAACAGUAUGUCAGUACCUUCUCCAACUGCUGCUUUGAAAAGCUGCUCUCAAAACCGUUCCAUCAGUCCACAAGGCAGACUAAGCCCAACAUCAGUAACCAACACUCAGUCUGAAGCUCAGGCUAAACCUGAAGCUGGAGGAAACUUGGUUAUCCCGGGGGGUAUAUUGGGUGAAAACAUUCUCAAGCCUCCAGCAGCUCCCCUAGCCCCAAAGCCCUCCUUGACCCGUGUUUCAUCUACACAAGUGAUUAACCAGACCCCACAGUCUGCAGGAACCCCUGGCACAAAACCUGGAAUAAAGAGGGCAGGGUCUCCUCACCCAGAGGAGACCCCAAAAAGAUUGAAAGCAGAUGAGGAAACAUCAGAAAACAGUUUGUCAGCAGACAUUUGUGCAGUUCUGGCAGAUACUAAGAUGUCUACAGAAAUUGAGGUUGGAGAAGUUGUCAGUUCUACAAAUGAUGGGGAAGGUGACAUAGAAACUAAAGACAAUGUUAAGGAGCUGGAUUCAGAAGAAAGGUUAAAUCCACCAAUUCCUGCAGCACAGAGACUGUCCAGUACAGACCUGUCAGACGUUCCCACUCUCCCUCCCAACCCCAUUCCAGUUGUGAAGAAUUCAAUAAAGUUAAGACUGAGUAGGUAGAAUUCCCAAAGGACCCUGGAGCAAGGACUCCCACAUCAGAAACAAUAGCCUACAAUGUGUCACAGACCAGAACAUCAGCUGCAGGCAAAAAGGGACCCUGGAUGCUGAUUUCAGAUUUCUUGAUCAAGGGCAGUAGCUAGUGUGUUCUGUGUACACAUGAUGGCAGUAUUCCUCAAAGUAGGAAUCAGCAGCAACUAAUGAUGGUGCCGCUGUAUAAAAGACACUUAGUGUGUAUGUUCAUUUUUUUAAAUGUUUGUUUUCCAUUGUUUAUACUGAAAUUAUAGUAUCCAUAUACAGUACAAAUAUACAUAUUUUUAAGUAUUUAUAAGUAUUUAUAAGUAAAACAGGUGCUGGCUUGUGUUAUGCUAUGGACAUGCACUGAUGUUACACAAAUGAAAAUACUGCCGUUAUAAAUCAUUCAUAAAGACCACUGAAUUUUGUAAAUAGUAACAUUUCCUCUGUUCAUAGACGAUGUCCAGGGCCUUUUUGUUUGUUUUAGGCCAUAUUUGCAGAAUAAUGUCAAGUGAAGCAUCAUAUUGCGGAAAAUACAUUUGAACAGGUAUAGACCAUUGGCUUAAAGUGUAUAAACCAAGGGUUUAGAAAAAACAAAAAAAAUCUUGCCUCUCUAUUUUGGGGUUAAUCUAUUUACAUUUCUGGAGUGCGCUGGACUACAGACAGUUACUACAUACACUUCUAAGCUGGUAGACAAAUAUUUAACAAGCGUCUUUUUCACCUUUGUUAAAGGUUAGAAAACAAAAAGCAUUCAAAACUAAAGUAAAUCUGCCCUUUUGUUUUGAUUAAGUAGCUCAGAUGUAUUUAAAUAAUAUCAGAAUUUUUUUGCAGGUUUUGCAAUAAUCUGCAAUAAACCAUGUUUUCUGCAAAAUGAAUUUAGCUUUUAUUUCAAGGAAUUUCUCUUAGUAAUGGUAUAAAGAUAUCCAUACAUAUUUCAAAGGGUACAAUUAAAAACAAUUAAUAUGAAAAGUAGAGUAAGCAAUUAUUAGUUCUGCAUUUUAGUGAACAGUUUGAGUGAGUGAUUAACAUACACCUGUCCUAAGUGCCAAUAUAUUUAUUAUUUUCCCUAACUUUCAUGGUUCUUGAUUCAACCAGUUCAAUGUAGUGUUUUUCAGUAAAUCGGGAGAUGCUGGUCCUUGUAUAGUUGAAGACAGACUCCAAUUAAGUAUGGAAAACAAUGUUGUUACUAAAGCAGUGUGGUAUGAUUUACCUAUCCAAUUAACAUAUGUUCUAGUCGCAACGAGACUUUAAAGCCCUUCUGACUUUAUCUUAAACGCAGAUUUAUUUUAUAUUAGUUUUGUAUUCUGUGAUAGGGUUUGAGUAAACAUAAGCACCACAUCUUUAGUGGAUAAUUCUGAUACAUGUACGUUGUACCUCAAGUGUUUAUGUAUUGUAAACAUUUUUGCAGAUUUUAAGACGGGUUAAGUUAAUCCUGUUUACUAUAUGGAAAAAAGUAAUGUGUUUUUUUUUUGGCUCUUUAUCUUUAAUUAAAUAAUUUCAGUGAAGGACAGAUGUGUUUAUUUUUUUCCUGGUUCUAUUAGCUAAUUAUUAGCCAGUGGAAAUAAUUCCUGUUUAUCAUUGAUUGUAAAUUGUUGAGCUGUCCAGUCUGAAUACUCAAAAGUAGCAAACACAAGUAGUACCCUUCUUCAGAACUCAGGUAUUCAGAAAGAAAUGGGUAGUCAUAUUAACAAAAAGAUUUGGUUAUUGCUUUUGCUUAUAAAGUUGGCUAUGUGUACAUGUUUUAAUCAAAAUCUGUUUUAAUAAACCCAGAUGUAUAUGCUAGUAAUGUUACAUAUGUUAGAAUGUGUUGGUAAGUUAAUAAGGACCACUGUUAUUUGACAGCUAAUGUAUGUUUGCAUCAGUACAGAACCAUCAGUUGCAAAAUUUCAAGAGCUUUUUUUUUUUUCUCACAAAAUCAUUUUGUUUGGAUUUUUUUUCUGUAAAAUUUCUUUUGUAAAAAUAAUUGUACUGUUUUUUGUGUGUGUGUGUGUGUGUGCGUGUGUGUUUUUAUUCACAAACUAAAUAAAGGUUCCUUGC